AGGAAGUGACUUUCCCGUGGCCGCCACCCGCUGGCCUUUAGGUAAAUUACUGUGUAUAUCUUUGGUUGGUGGAUAUCAAGAAAGGAGUCCUCAUGCACUGCCAGAAACUCUUCCAUUCUAGGAUGGGUCUCUUCUCCAAAACAGGACUGUUUCCCUGCUGUGCCACAAAACCACCAGAUUGGUGACAUCCCUUUUUGCGCACAGCAUGUAAGGGAAGUUUCACCCAUGUGAUAGCUAAGAAAUACCCCCAAAUACAAAAAAGCCAGAAGAAACAAAGCCAUCUUGGAUCACCAGAUAGCAGGAGAGAGAGGCUGGCAGAUGUUGUGACACCACUCUGGAGGCUGAGCUAUGAAGAACAACUUAAGGUGAAAUUUGAAGCUCAGAAGAAAAUUUUGAAAAGACUGUCUUCGCUGCAGGUGCUGUAUGGAUUCAAUGGCAUGGUGGCUGCACCUCAAUGUGAGGGGCUCUGUUGUCUUCACCGUCCUAUUAUACCCUCACCUAUCAUCAGUUGCUACCGAAAUAAAUCCACCUUCUCUGUGAUCCGAGGCGCAGAUGGCAAUCCAAAGACUGUGGGAUACUACCUGGGAACUUGGAGAGAUGGGAAUGCUGUCUGUGUACAGUGUCUGAAAAAUGUCCCUGAGAAACAUAAUCAAGUGGCUCAGUGCUAUGAGAUAUUCCUUCAACAAUCUCCAGUGGAACCCUGUCUUCUGUUUCACGAAGGUUGACACUGGUGUGAGCUUACAAUUCACUCCAAUAGCCAAAGACACACAAUGGCUAUCAUCACUUUCCAUGCCCAGGAUUUAAGUCAGGAGGAGCUCUGUGUUCAGAAGGAAUCCCUGAAGGAUUUUUUUUUUUUUAUCAAAGGCCUUGGAGCAGUCUGUGGGGUUUCAAAUCUACAUUUUCAGGAAUCGAACUGUUUCUUCAAAAAAAUCAUUCCAAAUUGCAUUAUAGGUUCCUUAUCAGUAUAA